AUGAGACCGGGAUCGGCCACGGCCACGGCCACGGCCACGGCCACGCUCCGCGGCGCCGCAUCGGCUCUCGCGUCCCUCGCCCUCCUCCUCCUGCCACGCCCGGCCCUCUCCCAGACAUGGAGCAGAUGCAACCCUCUGCAGAGCACGCAGUGCCCGCCCGACACGGCGCUCGGCAUGACGGUUCGCGUCGACUUCGCCAACGGCCCCGUCAACUCGUUCGAGGCGUCCGGGUCGCCCACCUACGGCCGCGACGGCGUCUCCCUGACCGUCUCGCGCGGCGGCGACGCCCCCCAGCUCCAGUCGCUCUUCUACAUCAUGUUCGGCCGCGUCGAGAUGACGCUGCGGGCCGCCCCGGGCGCCGGCAUCGUGUCGUCGCUGGUCCUGCAGUCGGACGACCUGGACGAGAUCGACGUCGAGUGGCUGGGCGCCGCCCCGGACGAGGUGCAGACCAACUACUUCGGCAAGGGGCGCACCACGACGUACAACCGCGGCCAGCUGCACGCGGUGCCGGGCACCCAGGCCCGCUGGAUCACCUACGCCGUGGACUGGACCGCCGACCGCAUCGUGUGGACCGCCGACGGCCGCGUCCUGCGCGAGCUGCCCGCCGCCCAGGCCGCGCCGGACCAGUACCCCCAGACGCCCAUGCAGGUCAAGUUCGGCGCCUGGGCCGGCGGCGACCCGGCCUACAACGCGCCCGGGACCGUGGCGUGGGCGCGCGGCCCGACCGACUUUGCCAAGGGGCCCUUCGCCAUGCACGUGCGCAGCGUCGUCGUCGCCGACUACUCCACGGGGAAGGAGUACCGGUACAAGGACACGUCCGGGACGUGGCAGUCCAUCGAGGCGGUGGGCGGCGGCGCCGUCAACAGCAAGGGCAGCCCCGGCGGCGGCGGCGGCAACCCCGGCAGCGGCAGCGGCAGCGGCAGCGGCAGCGCCUCCGGCCCGGCCGUCACCAUCGCCGUCCCCGUCGGCGGCAUGGCCAAGGACGGCAGCUCGGCCACGGCCACCCAGACCGGCUGGCCGUGGGUCGCCACCGCCAACCCCAGCGAGGGCUCCAUCCCCAGCGGCUGGUACAUGACGCCCAACGGCAAGAUCAUGCGGACCGCUUCGGCUGCCCUGCGCAGCUCCGCGUCGCUCGCCGCCGCCCUCGGGGGCGCGUUUGCCCUCGGCCUGGCCAGCUUUUUUGCCCGGCCGUGGUGA